CAAGUUGAUGGCAUCCAGCAACAAUAAUUAAGCGUGCUUCAUCUGCUCCUUUUUAAUUAACACGCCUUCUAAUCAUCUCCACCAAAAUGCCUCCUCUCUCUCUCUCCUUUGUUCGCCUGCUGAAAUUUCCUCGGGACGGUGGUUGAGACCAGUAGCUAUCCGUAAUUUACCUCCUGUUGGCCGGACGGAUUCACAGAGGCGCUAGUAGUGAAUCGACUUUUUUACCACGUGAAAUCCUCCGUCGUCACUGUCGUACACAAGUCUGGAUGUCAUUAUUGUGAUGAUCUUCUCGCCCCAGUUGACCUCGCUACGCUCGGCGAUUUGUUUUUGGGGAAAAGGUGGCGGGUGCCGAUCCAGCUAGGAAGCUUUUUAGGGUUUUUUUUUUUUUUAAAACCUUUUCGGCGGUGUUUCCUGCUCUGGAGUAACAAGGAGCGGGUCAAUGGCAGACGAGAGAGAGUUGUUGGGUUUUCUCGUAGCUCUGGACUACAAAAGGAGGAGGAACGUUUGGAUUUGCUUCUCUGAGAAUUGUAGAUGAGAGGGAUGGGCGACGAGACUGGAAGCGAGUUCAAGCGGAUUUGCGUCUUCUGCGGAAGCAACUCCGGCAACCGAACCGUCUUCAGCGAUGCGGCUGUGGAGCUGGGCCGUGAACUGGUAAAGAAGAGAAUCGAUUUAGUUUAUGGAGGUGGAAGCGUGGGAUUAAUGGGGCUGAUUUCCCAGACAGUUUUUGAUGGUGGAUGCCAUGUUCUUGGGGUCAUUCCUAAAGCUCUUGUUCCAAUUGAGAUUUCAGGGAAAACAGUAGGUGAGGUAAAGGUGGUUUCUAAUAUGCAUGAGAGAAAAGCUGUGAUGGCUGGACAAGCUGAUGCAUUCAUUGCACUUCCUGGAGGAUAUGGAACAAUGGAAGAGGUGAUGGAGAUGAUAACAUGGUCGCAACUUGGAAUUCAUAAUAAACCAGUUGGUUUGUUAAAUGUUGAUGGCUACUACAAUUCCUUGCUCGAGCUAUUUGACAAUGGUGUGAGAGAAGGUUUUAUUAAGCCGGCUUCUAGGCACAUCGUUAUUUCUUCUCCGAAUGCAACUGAAUUGCUUGCGAAAAUGGAGCUAUACACUCCCUUGCACCGAGAGGUUGUUCCGAGGCAGAGCUGGGAGGUUGUGAAUUUAUGACUAUAUCUAGGGAUCAAAUUCGUUUGCUGUUGUUUUCAAUAAGUUUCAGUAUCACAUAUUAUUCUUUCCUUGAGUCUGUUUCUGGGGAACCUCAUGGCUCUAAAAGUUGUUCAUCAAGAAUUGCAAUCCCUUGUGACAUUUUCAGUAAAUGCAAUAGCAGUGUCUUAUUAUUAUUGCAAGAAACGAUCAAAAUUUGUUUCUCCA